UAUUGUCUUAUUUGAGUUUAGUUGGUUAUAUAUAACAUUAAGCCUGGUAACUUGUUUGGUUCUUAUUUAUAAAAAGGAUUGCGAUCGGUGUGGUUACAUACAUGGACCACAUUGAAUAUCACUUAGUAUCACACAAAAUGAAAAUAUUAGUGGAUAUGAAAAACAAAACACACACACAUAGAGCGACUAGCCGCACUGGUUUUCUCCACGGGGGAGACAUAACGCUGGCCAUCAUGCUGAGGGCGGUGUGACACCAUGGCGUGGUUUAUUGUCAUGCCGUAUCCUCUUAGAUUUAAAUAGUGGUAUUAGAUGAUGUUUGGUGGUGUUUACGUUUUCUUUUAGGUUGUGAAUGUGAUUGCCAAGUUAAGUGUUUCACAAAUUCUGACUAUUUACUAAUGUAUAAAGUUAAAAUGAUUAUAACUAAUCAUCAUGUUUGGCUUAAGUGUGUUUGCGAUUUUGCGACUACUUGCAAACUGAUUCUUUGAGCUCCGAGUAAUACGAAUCACUUUGGGUGUACCCAAACAUUCAAACUAACAAGUAGCUAGGUGGGUAAGCGCAACUUCUUAGGGCUUGUGGUUGGCUCAGUUUAACGGGUUACCCUAGAUUCGUGUCAACAAAGUUUUUGGAUAAGAUUUUACCUGUUACCCAAAGACUUAUUAGUCACCUGAAAAUACAAUAAUUACUUUCAUAACACAUCCACGAACAUGUUUAAUUUUGAUCUUUUGCAACUAAAGAUUGUACCUUUUUUUCUGAUUAUUGAUGUUCAAAAUGGGCUCUUCUCUUAUGUCACGUUGCAAACUGAUUGGGAAGGCGGAAAUUACCCGGUUACUAUGACUUUCAGUAAUAAUUAUCCAAGCAUACCACCUGUCUGUAAAUUCCCCCCAGGAUUCUUUCACCCUAAUAUUUAUUCAUGUGGAAAGGUUUGUCUGUCGAUUCUUGGCGAUGGUUGGAGACCAGCAAUAACAGUGAAACAAAUUCUUGUUGGCCUCCAAGAUUUGUUGGACACCCCUAAUCCUGCUUCUCCUGCCCAACAUGAGUCAUGUCAGUUGUUUACUAAGUUUGUGCAGAAUUUGGUCGAGUACGAGAAAAAAGUCCGGCAGCAGGCCCAGAAAUAUCAGUCUGUCGUUUAGAUGCCUUUUUCUGUAAGGCCUAUGAAACAAUCCCCAUAUCAGGGGUCUGUCAUUUAGAUAUGGUAACUUGCUAUCGUUUAGGACGAAUCAUGUAGACUGGCGAUAUUUUGUGCACCCUUUUGUUAUUUCUGUUGGCUUUUGUGGAAAGAAAAAUACUUGCUUGGUAUUGAAAGAUGUUCUGGUGAUUGGUUGGUUCGGAGAUACUUUUUAUUAGUGUAUUAUGUAUUUGAUUGCUUAACUCA